AUGAAGCGCAUCCGCCUCGUCGCGAUCCAAGUCUUGUGCCUCUUUGUCGUGGUAUCCACGGUCUUGGUGGGAUACAAGAACCUCUUUGCAGGCUCUUGGGAACGAUGGAGGCCGGCAUUGGCUCAUCCUACUUCUCCUUCAGGUAUGGAACAAAGAGCGAAGAAUACACAAUUCGCACUUCUCACCCCCAAACCGUUCGACUCUAAUUGUGCUCAAGUCGGAAAUGAAGCCCCCAAAGAAGCGCCAGCUACUUCCCCAACUAACCCCCCACCACCAAGUACUCACUCGUCGCAAAAGCCCGGAGACCCAAAGUUGUACGAAUCAGCGUCAGGCUAUGUCGCAUCUAUCUUGGACUCGCAACAUACUGUGAUUCCUCGGCUAGAGUGCCCGGCGCUGCAUGUAACGCGAUAUGAGUAUCUGCAGACCAUCAACGACUCGACCCGCCCCAGGAACCUCAAGUACUUCUUCGCACUGGACUUGCGACAGUCGCUGAAAGUAUUGCCGCGUCUGUUGGGGUCCAUUGUAGAAGCCGUGCGGUUCCUCGGCCCAGCCUCGUGCGCCUUGUCCAUCGUCGAGGGCAACUCGGACGACGGCACUUUCGAGGUUCUUGACCUGCUGCAGCCGGAGUUGGAGAAGCUCGGGUUGAAGUACAUCUUCCGCCACACCGAUGUAGACUCGAAAGAAGGCGAACGUAUUACCAAGUUGGCAGCACUGCGAAACAUGGCGCUCGAGCCGCUGCACUCGAAAUCUUUGCACGCGGACAAAGACACGACCGUGGUAUUUCUCAACGACGUAGCCGCCUGUUCGGAAGACAUCCUGGAGUUGGUACAUCAGCGUGUACUGCAGUCGGCAGACAUGACUUGCGCCAUGGACUGGGUAUACGUGGGAAACGAUCCAACUUUCUACGAUGUGUGGGUGGCUCGGACCCUCAAAGGCAACACAUUCUUUGACAUCCCCCCGGACGGCAACUGGAACAGCGCCUGGAACCUGUUCUGGAACGAUUCAGAAUCCAAGAGGAGAUACCAAGAGAUGCUUCCUUUCCAGGUGUACGCCUGCUGGAACGGGGCGGCAGUGUUUGGGGCGGCACCAGUUUUGGGCCUACCUCCACCCAACAAAGAGGCAUCGCACACGGUCGACUCCCGAAGAAUUUCGUUCCGAAGUGCACGGCAGGGAGAGUGCCAUGUCGGCGAGCCCACACUCUUUUGCAAGGACAUGUGGUGGGCUGGGUUCGGCAAGAUCGCCGUCGUGCCCACUGUGAACCUCGAGUACUCUGACGAGGCGGCCAAGAAGAUCAAGGACCUGAAAGGUUACACAUCCAAGUGGACAGAGUCGGAGUCAAGGGACUCGAGUCCUUUGAGGAUAGAAUGGGCCAGCGAACCCCCGGAGAAUGUGAAGUGCAUGCCUGGCUGGGAGAAUCAGUCUUGGCGGCCGUGGAACGAGACACUAGAGGAAUAG